CAACCUCUCGCCGGCAGCUGCUCCUCGCGGAGCGGGAGACGGAGCCGGACCCUGAGCGCGAGACGGGCUGAGACGGCUGCGAGGCGGCCCCGCCCCGGGGCUCCAUUGUUGCGGCCACUCCGGCUCUGCGGGCUGCUCGGCUCCGUCUCGCUCGGCCAGGGCACCUCCGGCAAGGAGUGAGUGCUGCCCGGGAGGCGGCCUGAGCAAUGGAAGAGUUAAUCGUUGAACUUCGUCUCUUUCUUGAACUCCUGGACCAUGAAUAUCUAACCUCAACUGUCAGGGAGAAAAAGGCAGUUAUCACAGACAUCCUGCUGAGGAUACAGUCAUCCAAAGGUUUUGAAGUGAAAGAUCAUGCUGCGAAGCCAGAGACCCCCAACAGCCUGCCGGCCCCUCCCCAGAUGCCUCUGCCAGAGAUCCCGCAGCCGUGGCUGCCGCCUGACAGCGGGCCACCACCGCUACCGACAUCCUCUCUCCCGGAAGGCUACUACGAGGAGGCCGUGCCGCUGAGUCCCGGGAAGGCUCCGGAAUACAUCACCUCAAAUUAUGACUCAGAUGCAAUGAGUAGCUCUUACGAAUCAUAUGACGAAGAGGAGGAAGACGGAAAGGGGAAGAAAACGCGGCACCAGUGGCCCUCGGAGGAGGCCUCCAUGGACCUGGUAAAGGACGCCAAGAUCUGUGCCUUCCUGCUGCGGAAGAAACGCUUCGGGCAGUGGACCAAGUUACUCUGCGUCAUCAAAGACACCAAACUACUGUGCUACAAAAGUUCCAAGGACCAGCAGCCCCAGAUGGAACUGCCGCUCCAAGGUUGCAACAUUACAUACAUCCCAAAAGACAGCAAAAAGAAGAAGCACGAAUUGAAAAUUACUCAGCAGGGAACAGACCCACUUGUUCUUGCUGUCCAGAGCAAGGAGCAGGCCGAACAGUGGCUGAAGGUGGUCAGAGAGAUCUACAGCGGCUGCAGCGGGCCAGCAGACUCGGAAUGUCCUCCCCCCUCCAGCUCCCCGGUGCACAAGGCAGAACUGGAGAAGAAACUGUCUUCAGAGAGACCAAGCUCAGAUGGGGAGGGUGUUACAGAAAAUGGAAUUGCUGUGUGUAACGGGAAAGAACAAGUUAAGAGGAAAAAAAGUUCCAAAUCAGAGGCCAAGGGAACUGUGUCUAAAGUCACCGGGAAAAAGAUCACCAAGAUCAUCGGUUUGGGAAAGAAAAAGCCAUCGACGGAUGAACAGACCUCCUCAGCGGAGGAAGAUGUGCCUACUUGUGGCUACCUGAACGUGCUCUCCAACAGCCGCUGGCGUGAGCGCUGGUGCCGCGUCAAGGAGAACAAGCUCAUCCUCCACAAGGACAGGGCCGACCUGAAGACCCACAUCGUCUCCAUCCCGCUCCGUGGCUGCGAGGUCAUCCCGGGGCUGGACUCCAAACACCCCCUGACGUUCCGGCUACUUCGCAAUGGCCAGGAGGUGGCCGUGUUGGAGGCAUCUUCUUCUGAAGACAUGGGCAGGUGGAUUGGGAUUUUGCUGGCUGAGACGGGGUCCUCCACAGACCCUGGGGCCCUGCACUAUGAUUACAUAGACGUGGAGAUGUCGGCCAAUGUCAUUCAGACGGCCAAGCAAACCUUCUGUUUCAUGAACAGGCGUGUUCUGUCCACUAACCCGUAUGUAGGGAGCACCGCCAACGGCUACGCACACCCCAGCGGGACGGCGCUGCACUAUGACGACGUCCCCUGCAUCAGCGGCUCGUUGAAGGGGAAAAAGCCGCCUCCCGUGGCAUCCAACGGGGUUACAGGAAAAGGCAAGGCUCUGAGCAGUCAGCAAAAAAAAGCUGAUUCAGCGGCUGGCGUGAAGCGAACGCCUUCAAAUGCUGACCAGUACAAAUAUGGCAAGAACCGGGUGGAAGCGGAUGCCAAGCGGCUGCAGGCCAAAGAGGAGGAGCUGCUGAAGAGGCGGGAAGGCCUGCGGGACAGGCUGGCCCAGCUGCGGAAGGAGAGGAAGGGCCUGCGGGCCGCCAUCGAAGUGAACACCGGCAGGAAGACCCAGGUGAUCCUGGAAGAGAAGCUGAAGAAGCUGGAGGAGGAAUGCAAGCAGAGGGAGACGGAGCGCGUCAACCUGGAGCUGGAGCUGACAGAGGUCAAGGAGAGCCUCAAGAAAGCCCUGGCCGGCGGGGUCACCCUGGGGCUGGCCAUCGAGCCCCGGCCGGGGACGUCGAGUCCACAGUCUCCAGUUUUUAGGCACCGGACUCUGGAGAACUCGCCCAUGUCCAGCUGUGAGACCAGUGAUGCCGAGGGCCCAGUGCCUGUGAACAGUGCGGCCGUCCUGAGGAAGAGCCAGCCGGCCCCCGCCAGCUCCCCCUGCCGGGGACACGUGCUUCGGAAGGCCAAGGAGUGGGAGCUGAAGAACGGGACAUAGAGCUCGCGGAUGCCCAGCUCGCACAGCGUCGUCCCAUCGCGUGGCCGCAGGGAGCUGGCCUGGGCGCUGCAGCAGCAGGACUCGGGGUUUGCGGCUGGACCAGGACCCAGGACCUGGGGGCCAGGACCCGGGCCUGCCCGCUGUAUCCUCUUUACUGUAUAAUGGUUCCCUUUAAAGAGAUUUACUUGUAACA